AUGAACGGCAACAACAAAUCAGGCGCUGCGCGCUUUGAUCCCACCUUCACCCGGAAUGUUAUCAAUGCCAUGGGUCCCAAGACUUCCCCUCGGAUGCGGGAAGUCAUGACCAGCUUGAUCACACACCUUCACGACUUUGCUCGCGAGAUUGAGUUGACAGUGGAAGAGUGGGAUGAGGGUGUUCGUUUGAUCAACUGGGCCGGCCAGAUGAGCAAUGACAGACGGAAUGAAGGUCAACUGGUGUGCGAUGUUGUCGGCUUGGAAACACUCGUGGAUGAAAUCACAUACAAGAAGGCAGCCGAAGCCGCCGAUCUGGCCACUCAGAGUGCUAUACUUGGUCCCUUCUUCCAGACUGACCACACGAUCCGCAAGAAGGGCGACAGCAUCUCCACCAAUACUCCGCAGGAUGCCGAAGUUGUGUAUUUGUACGGCCAAGUUGUGGAUGCCAUUACCAACAAGCCCUUGAGGAAUGCUUCAGUCGAUGUUUGGCAAGCAUCCACAAACGGUCGGUCUAAACAAUCCCAUGUGGUGAGCAAGGGAGUGCUGACGUGGAGCCUUGCAGGGUUGUACGAACAACAGGAUGAGAACCAACCAAAGUCGAACCUAUGCGGCAAGUUCUACACGGAUGAGAACGGAGAGUACGGCUUCUAUUGCUUGAGACCAACCCCUUACCCGAUCCCGUACGAUGGACCAGCGGGUAAACUGCUCCAAUUGCUUGACAGACACCCCUACAGACCAGCCCACAUCCAUUUCAUCGUGUUGGCCGAGGGCUACAAGCCCAUCACGACCCAGAUUUUCGACAAGGAGAGCAAGUAUCUCGACGAUGAUUCUGUCUUUGCGGUCAAGGACUCCUUGAUUGUCGAGUUCGUACCCCGACAAGGUGACGCGCAGGCCCAAAAGGAAUUGAGAUAUGACAUUAAGAUGGCUCCGCUGUCCUCUAAGGGAGAAUCCGGCGAAGCGCUAGUGACCGAAGGCAUGGGUCGCGGUUUUUAA